GCAAGAGAAGAACCUCCGGCAAAGAGAGAGAGAGAGUGUGAGACUGUGUGAGACUGUGUGAGACUGUGUGUGUGUGAGAGUCGUGGUGUUGAUAAACCUGAUGAACAUGAUUUCAUCCUUCAGUCUGCAGACUCAGACCGUUUCUCUUCUCCCGUCUUUAUCUUUUUAUUUUUAGUCACUAAAUUUUAUUUUUGCUGAUUCAAAUCAACUUGGUUAAGUUUUUCUUCUCUUCUCAGGAUGGAGCAGAUGUCAGGGCAGAUGGCGCUGAUGAGAGACAACUCUGCUGCAGCAACAUGUGAAAAAUCUCGAGUGUUUGACUGGUGUCCACAGCAGCAGUACCUUUAUCUGACCAGCGGGGGGCGAAACAACACGACCCACACUCAGACCACUGCUGCUUCGUCCAUCCAUCCUCUCAUUCCUCUCCUGCUCUACAGCGACAGACAUUUCCCGCCAUCCUCGCCGUACAAUCAGCCAAUCAGUUCAUCCGGUCCCCGAGAGGCGGACGCCCACUCCAGGACACACCCCUGUUACCACGGCAAUGGCGCUACUGGGCACCAGGUGGUGAAGAAGCCUCUGAACGCCUUCAUGCUCUACAUGAAGGAGAUGAGACACAAAGUGCUGCAGGAGGGACAGGAGAGAGAGAGCGCCGCCAUCAACCGCAUCCUGGGACGCAGGUGGAACGCUCUGUGUCGCUCCGAACAGUCCAAAUAUUACGAUCUGGCCCAGAAGGAGCGACUCCUCCACAUGCAGCUUUAUCCCGGAUGGUCGGCCAGAGACAAUUACGGUCAGAGGAAGAGGAAGCAGAGUCAGCAGCGCUCAGGAAGCUUCUCAGGCUGGACUCUGACGUCUGGCCGAGACGACAUGUGACAGAAAACACACUCGACCUAGUUAUCGUAGUCUGAGUGAGAAAUAAAACAGACGUCAGUGUUUCUGCAGCAUUCAGCAAAUUUAAGACUUUUUCAGACGUCAGGUAAAAGGACGAACCAUCAGACCUAUAAUUAUCCAUCAAGUACAUUGAUUUAUUCACAUUUAUAUCCCAUCUCCUACAGUAUUUAUCAGCUUUACAGUAUCAAUGUGAUUAAAGGCAAAUACUAAGCAUUUUUUAUUUUAAAUGGAAAAACAAUGACUUGUGUUUUUUGCUUUAAUUAAAUAUUAAUUUCAAGUCUUGGUCAAAAAUACAUUU